GGAGGCAGUUCCUCAGCCCGGGGUGGCAAUUGGCUGCGCGUGCACUCACUGCGACUCCCCUCUUGUGUCUCGCUCGAUCCAUUUCCUAUCACACGUUCUGUAAAAUUGCCUACACACACGCGCACGAAGUCCGUCGGUGGCGUCGACAAAUUUGAAGAUUAACGAGGUUAUCCUCCAUUCGACCCGCGGAGAGAGAGAGGACCAGAAAGCACAGACUGCUGCGCCGACCUGCUUGCGUGUCGAGGCAGAAAGGGAGCUUGGCUCUGGCCAGCUGCGUUGUUGGACUGGAUCGAAUUGGACUCAGCGAAGAGCAGUAGGACUAUAUAAAGACAGGAGGGGAAAUAUGAGCGAUAAACGGAUGUCGCGGUGGUAUUUUGGGGGGCUCGCCUCCUGUGGGGCUGCCUGCUGCACCCAUCCCCUGGACCUCAUCAAAGUCCACCUGCAGACCCAGCAGAAGGGGAAGAUGGGGAUGGUGAGCAUGGCCAUGCAGGUAGUGAAGAACGAUGGAGCUCUGGCUCUGUACAACGGACUCAGCGCAUCACUCUGCAGACAGAUGUCCUAUUCUCUAACUAGGUUUGCUAUCUAUGAGACAGUCAGAGACAUGUUGAGCAGCAGUAACCAGGGGCCCAUGCCUUUCUACCAGAAGGUGCUGCUGGGGGCCUUCGGAGGUUGUACCGGCGGGUUCAUUGGUUCUCCUGCAGACAUGGUGAACGUCAGGAUGCAGAAUGAUGUUAAACUUCCCCCAGAGCUGAGGAGAAACUACAAACAUGCUGUGGACGGUCUCUUCAGGGUCUUCAGAGAAGAGGGGGUGAGGAAGUUGUUCUCAGGAGCCACCAUGGCCUCCAGCAGAGGAGCUCUGGUCACCGUGGGACAGUUGGCAUGUUAUGACCAGGCUAAACAGCUGGUGCUGUCUUCAGGCUUCAUGGGCGAUAACAUCCUCACACACUUCCUGUCUAGCUUUAUCGCUGGAGGCUGUGCUACGUUCCUGUGUCAGCCUCUAGAUGUGAUGAAGACCAGGUUGAUGAACUCUAAAGGAGAAUACUCAGGUGUGAUACACUGUCUGAGAGUGACAGCUAAAGAGGGACCCAUGGCCUUCUACAAGGGUCUUGUUCCUGCAGGGAUCCGUCUGAUUCCUCACACGGUGCUCACCUUCAUCUUCCUAGAGCAGCUCAAGAACAACUUCGGCAUCGUCAUCAUCUCCUGAGCACGCUCCAUGACCUACGACCUUUACCCUCUAGCCCCCUGUCCCCUGCAAACGUCAACCAAUCACCUGUCACUGCCACGGUGCCACACCCCCCCCAUGGCCUUGAGCUGUCCAAUCACACAGAGAGGUGGUUGUAGGGAUGGAACGUCUGCUAUGCUAUCCUACCCAGCCCUCUUUAACCUGCUCUGGAAAUCAACCAAUCACCUGUCACUGCCACGGUGCCACACCCCCCCAUGGCUCUGAGCUGUCCAAUCACACAGAGAGGUGGUUGUAGGGAUGGAACGUCUGCUAUGCUAUCCUACCCAGCCCUCUUUAAUCUGCUCUGGAAAUCAACCAAUCACCUGUCACUGCCACGGUGCCACACCCCCCCAUGGCUCUGAGCUGUCCAAUCACACAGAGAGGUGGUUGUAGGGAUGGAAUGUCUGCUAUGCUAUCCUAAUCAACCAAUCACCUGGGAAAAAGACUACGAAGGAACUGCCUACACCUGCACCAUCACAGCCUUGUCCACAGGAAGAGUUGUCAUAGCAACGCCAGUCAAACCCUGCUGUGACAUCAUCUUCAUGUCUCUGUCAUCAUCAAUAGUGCCAUUCUCAAUCGGGACUGCGCCUCAAAUCAUACACUAUUCCCUAUGUAGUGCAUUACUUAUGACCCUUAGUCUGUAGUGCACCUAACAUGUAGCUCUGGUCAGAAGUAGUGCACUAUGUAGGGAACAUAGUGUCACCUGAGUUCACUCCCUAAACAGUGUUGAUGUGUUUAUACUGUAGCCUUCCACCAUCAUCAUGUAUGUAUCACCCAAACCUGUUCCAUUCCACACCACAGUCCUCAUGUAUUACUGGCAGUGUACUAGCUGUAGUAGUAUGUAUUACUAGCAGUGUAGUAGUAUGUAUUACUAGUUGUAGUAGUGUGUAUUACUAGCGGUGUACUAGUUGUAGUAGUAUGUAUUACUAGCGGUGUACUAGUUGUAGUAGUAUGUAUUACUAGCUGUGUACUAGCUGUAGUAGUAUGUAUUACUAGCUGUGUAC